CCACCUCGCCGCCGCCGAUGGACGCCGCCGCGCUCAGCAAGCGGCUGCAGGAGCUGCAGGAGCUGCUGCGCGAGGCCGCCCAGAUCGCCAUCGCCACGGGGCCGCGCAGCAUCACGCGCAGCGCGCAGGCCGCCUCUGCGCUGCUGUCGGUGGCGCGGGAGCAGGCGGUGCUGCUGCAGGCGGGGCAGCCUCCGGAGGGCCCCGCCAUCGUGCUGCGCAAGCUGUUUGAGCGGCUGGGCGCCACCUACAUCAAGCUGGGCCAGUUCAUCGCCAGCAGCCCCACCCUGUUCCCUGAGGAGUAUGUGCUGGAGUUCCAAAAGUGCCUGGACAGCACCGAGCCCGUGCCCUUUGAGGUCAUCAGGCGCACGGUCGAGUCUGAGCUGCGGCUGAGCCUGGAGGAUGUGUUUGUGAGCGUGGACCUGCAACCUCUGGCCACCGCCUCCAUUGCCCAGGUGCACGCCGCGGUGCUGCGGGGGAGCAACAAGGAGGUUGUGAUCAAGGUGCUGAAGCCAGGGGUGGAGGAUGUGCUGACCACAGACCUCAACUUCCUCUACCUCUCCUCCAGGCUGCUGGAGUUCAUCAGUCCAGACCUGGCUCGCACCUCGCUGUCGGCCGUGGUGGGCGACAUCCGCGCCAGCAUGCUGGAGGAGGUGGACUUCAGGAAGGAGGCGGCCCACCUGGCGCAGUUUGACGGCUACCUGGACAGGGCUGGCCUGCGCGGCGUGGCCACCUGCCCCGGCGUCUACCGCCAGUUCUCCAGCCAGCGGGUGAUGGUGAUGGACCGCCUGCGCGGCGUGCCGCUCACCGACCUCGACGCCGUGCGCAGCAUCACAUCAGUGGAGCCGGAGCUGGUGCUCAUCAACGGCCUCAACACCUGGUUUGGGUCUGUGGUGGGCUGCGAGACCUUCCACGCCGACGUGCACGCCGGCAACCUGCUGGUGCUGCCCGAUGGGCGGGUGGCCUUCAUCGACUUUGGCAUCGUGGGGCGCAUCAGCCCGGUGACGUGGCGUGCCAUUGAGGCGCUGCUGCUGGCCACCGGCAGCGGCGACUACGACACCAUGGCGAGGGCUCUGGUGACCAUCGGCGCGACGUCGGGGGAGGUCGACAUCCCCGCCUUUGCUGCAGACCUGGAGAAGCUGUUUGCCAGCCUGCAGGAGAUCGACACCGAGCUGAUCGUGCAGGCCGGCAGCGGCGGCGUGUCUGCCUCGGUGGCCGCAGACGACGCGGCCGUCAACCGCUUCCUGCUCGACCUGGUCAGGGUGGGCGAGAGCAACGGCAUCCGCUUCCCCCGCGAGUUUGCGCUGCUCAUCAAGCAGCUGCUGUACUUUGACCGCUACAACCGCAUCCUGGCGCCCCAGCUGCGCGUGUUUGACGACCGCCGCAUCAACCUGAGGCAGGUGGACCUGGACUUUGACCUGAGUUGAGCUCGGGCGGGGCUGGCGACGGCAGGCUGGCGGCCGGCUGCUGGCGCGGCGCCUCAGUCCAGAGCCGCUGGCUGCCCGGCAGGUGGCAGGGCCCAGGAGUGCUGGCCGAUAGUUGCAUGCAGCCGGGCGCAGAGCUCGGCGUGCGGCAGCCCUCUGGACGGCAGCUUCUCCUUUGUUAUUGUAUGCAUGAUCCCUUUCUUCGUUUCCCUGCAUUUAUCAAAUCAUUAAGGCAUGUCUACGUUUUUUGCUUUCGUAUUGCUCCUCCUCCUGGUUUUGCUUGAUUUGAUUGAUUUUGUCUGCUGCUUCUUGGGUGUGGAUGCUCUACCCAUGCACUGGUGUUGCAACAAGCCCACCAGGGCCCACAAU